CUCUUCCGCCGUGCGCGCGCCGCCCACCUUUAGCUGUCCGGGCCGAGGGGAUAAAGGACGCGUUUGGGCGACUCAGGCAAGCCCAGGAGUCAGUCCCGACCUUGCGCGGCACCGUUGAUACCGCCGUAGAACCUGGUCACUUCACGUCAGUCUUCUAGUUUUUGAACCGUCGUGCCGCGGUCUGGCCGGCCUCUCCAGGAACAGUGAGCAAGAUGAACACCACCCAGGACCAGAGUAGCUGUGCCAGUAUCAGAGAACCCCUUCUGAGGUGUAGUGAUGCAAGGAGGGACUUGGAGCUUGCUAUUGGUGGAGUUCUCCGGGCCGAACAGCAAAUUAAAGAUAACUUACGAGAGGUGAAGGCUCAGAUCCACAGCUGCAUAAGCCGCCACCUGGAGUGCCUUCGGAGCCGAGAGGUGUGGCUGUAUGAACAGGUGGAUCUCAUCCAUCAGCUUAAAGAGGAGACACUGCAGCAGCAGGCCCAGCAGCUCUACUGGCUCUUGGGCCAGUUCAAUUGUCUUAUUCAUCAACUGGAGCGCACCCAAAGCAAAGAUCUAGCCAAUCAAGUUUCUGUGUGCCUGGAGAGGCUAGGCAAUUUGACCCUUAAGCCUGAAGAUUCAACUGUCCUGCUCUUUGAAGCUGACACAACCACUCUGCGCCAGACCAUCACCACAUUUGGGUCCCUUAAGACCAUUCAAAUCCCUGAGCAUUUGAUGGCUCAUGCUAAUUCAGCAAGCAUUGGGUCCUUCCUAGAGAAAAGAGGUCACAUUCCAAUGCCAGAGCAGAAUGGCUCUCGACAGUGUGAGCAGCAGAAGUCAGCGCCCAGCAGCAUGGCUGUACCUCUCAGUGAGUGGCUUCUUGGAAGCAAACCUGCCAGUGCUUUCCAGGCUCCUUUCAUGCCCAGCACCAACCCCCAGGACUGGCUGAGCCACAAACAGAGCUUAGAGAAUGGCCAGACAUCUGCUAGAGCCUGCAGUGUCUUUUCUGAUGUCUGGGGCACACUACAGGGCUUAGAAAACUGGCUGCUCAAGAGUCAGCAACAAGAAGUUCCUGGAAAACCAAGUUCCCUAAAGCGUAAGAGCCAUUCUACCACUUCCUUCUCCAGUAAAGUUGAGAAGGUUGGCAAUCCAGAGAAUCUUGAUCAAGUUGACUUGGGCCUCUCUGACUGGCUGGCAACUCCCCAGGAGCCUUUCAAGCUGGAGAAGCCUGAGAGUGGCAGCCAUGAAGCCAGUGAGAAGUUUAAGCUCCUGUUCCCAGUGUUCCAGGAGCCCUACAGCGUGAGUGAUUGGCUUGCCCAGCCUGACUCCUGUACCAACUGUCAGGGCAACCAGCCCAGAGGUGUGGAAAUUGAAAACCUGGGCAAUCUGAAGUGCUUGAAUGACCACUUGGAGGCCAAGAAACCACUGUCCACCCCCAGCAUGAUUACUGAAGAUUGGCUUGUCCAGAAUCAUCAGGAACCAUAUAAAGUAGAGGAAGUGUGCAAAGCCAAUGAGCCUUGCACAAGCUUUGCAGAGUGUGUGUGUGAUGAGAAUUGUGAGAAGGAAGCUCUGUGUCGAUGGCUUCUGAAGAAAGAGGGAAAGGAUAAAAAUGGGAUGCAUGUGGAAGUCAAAUCUGAGCCUGAAAAUCACAGAGUGUCCCUCGACAUGUGGCUCUGUCCUUCUAGAAAAGAGAUAACGGAACACACUAAGGCACCAAAGGCAUUCGGUCCUUCUAGAAUUACUGAUUCCUUCCAGGUCCUAAAAAACAGCUCCUUGUCAGAGUGGCUCAUCAGGUCCUCAUGCAACGAAGGGAGCCCCAAGAAAGUACCAAAUACAGAGGACAAGGCUGGUAAACAAAAGCUUAAAAGCCCCAUGACCACUUCCUGGUGCUCCUUUAACACUGCUGACUGGGUCUUGCCUGGAAAGAAGGUGGGGAGCCUCAGCCAGUCUUCUGAAGAUAAGUGGCUCCUUCGAAAGAAGGCCCAGGAAGUAUUUCUUAAUUCACCCCUACAAGAGGAACAUAACUUUUCUCCAGACCGAUAUGGCCUCCCAGCUGUUUGCGAUCUCUUUGCCUGUAUGCAGCUUAAAGUUGAUAAAGAAAAGUGGUUGUAUCGAACUCCUCUACAGAUGUGAAGGAGUGGACUGUGAUGCCAGAGCAUCUCUGCAGAUCAUCUCAUCUAUGAGCUGUGGCUGCUUCUCCAUUGUGUUCCUGGGUCUGACCAGCCAGCUUAGUUCCUUUUCUGCCUGAGUUUGAACUAGCCAAGAGACUUCAUCAAAUUACAGCCCACUUUGUUACAGAAAGAGGCUAUUUGUUGAUGCUGAGGUGAUAGGGUUCUCCUUACGAAAGUAUGAAUUUGCCCCACACUAGAAGGGCAUCGUAGGGGACAGGUCUCUCCCUAGCUUCCAUGGCUCCUGAGAUUGGGUUAUUAGUGGAAAUGCAUAAACACUAGUCCCCAGAGUGAAAUGUUUCCAUAACCCAUGUGUGUUCAGUAUUAAGCUAGCAGACUCCUGAGCCGUUUGAUGGCCCUUUACAUGCUUCUCUUGCUGUGGGUUUUCUUGGGUUAGUGAUCUGAAAUGAUUAUUCUGUUCAAUUAAUAUACAGCCUGUUGCACACAAACAUUAACCCUGCCAAUGUAGUGGUGUUUUUUCCUUACCAAAUCGUGUAUUAGUAAUCUUGGCUAUUUGUGACAUUGCCACACAUUUUAGCCUACGUGUCAGCUUUGUAUUAUUUUUUCUUCACUGGGAAAAAAUAUAGCAAAUGCAGAUUUUGCCCUUAUCACUUUCUCUGUUACUGAAUUACCCAGUAAGCCCUUAGAGGACUUUCAGAAACAUUUUCAGGUUUGUACAAACUCAGCCUCUUUUCCAAUAUUCUACACACCUACAGGCUCUAAAGAGCCCUAGCUAGAAAUGUAGUACUUGAACUAUUCACCACCUUAAGGAUUUCUGGUGCAUCCUGAGUAAAUGAAACCUGAGCUUAACACCUGGUGCUUUUGACUAGGGGUGGUCAGUGUCCUAUUGAUGCAAACACAGCAUUCCUGUACCCCCAAAGGUAUAAUGCAGUGGUGGCAUUUUAGUGAACAGGUAGUUUCAAUAAUUGUGCCUUGGGGUGCUUACUAAAGCUUUAUAGAUGGAACCAUUGGUUGUUUUCUCAGUAUCUUUAGUCAUUUAAACAUUUCUCUGUAGGUGAGUGGGUUUUACAAUUCUAAGAUCUUAGCUGCCUUCUGGGCUUUGAAACUAUCAAGUCUCUUAACUGCCUGUGUUACUGGAAAUACUGAGGGAAAUAUCAGUCUCACAGUGACACUGCCAUACAGCUUCUCUGGAAUCCUUUUGAGCCACAGCUGAAAAGAGCCUCUUUGUAAUUCUUCCAUUUACCACUGAGAAUUAUAAUAAAGGUGGUAGGUAAAAACAACUUGGAGCCUUUACAGUAUCUUAGUUGCAGCAAAUUUUGUAGUUUCAUUUUUGAGAGAUCUAACACACUUUUUAUACCAUCAAAAUGUGAUUUAUACUAAUCAUUAAGCUAAUGAGUAUGUAAAACAUUUUGCACUGAUGCAUUUUAUACCUCCCUCCAUUAAAAGCCACAACAAUUAUGUGUG